CCUCAAGCAUCUGAUUCGCUUACGCCAUUGUAGAGGCUCUGUAGGUCUCUGAAUUAGUCAGCGGAGUACACUUUGCGUGAGAAGCUGGAGGUCUGCUACAAACUGAGCGAAAUGAGAAUGGUACCUGCCCUGACGCUCAUGCGGAUACUGAUGUCACUGGAGAAUGGUGGGGUGUUGGCUGGCCUGGUCAUCACUCGCCCGGAGCUGAAGGCUCGCCUAGGGGACUCUGUCAUGCUGGAAUGUUUCUUCCAAAGCCUGGUGCCAGGGGACUGGAACGUGACCAAAGUGGACUGGCUACAUACGCCGGAAAACAAUACUCAGGCGGAGGAGAUGGUCUUCUACUACUACAGUAACCACAGCGUUCCCGUGGGACGCUUCCGGCCCCGAGUGCAGUGGUUGGGGGAUGUGGCCCGCAAGGACGGCUCUGUGAGGCUGCAGGAUGUACGGGCGGACGACAGCGGGACGUACACCUGCGAGAUCCGGGUGUUUGGGCGGAGCAGCGUCUUCAAAAACUACACCGUGCUGCGUGUGGGCUCUGCCGGACGGAGAGGGUCCGGAUUUGCAGGGGCCCAGUACUCUGAGAGCACUGGUAGCAGUGGCUGGGGGGCCAUCCUGGGCUAUGUCUGUGCGACCACCUUCCUGGCCCUCCUGUUGGGACUGGGGCUGAAGAAGUUUCUCCAGAAGCAGAGACCUCUGGAGAGCGGGCCCCUGUCGAGGAGUCGGGAUGACGGCAGCCGGGAUAAAGCAGAGGAAGGCAUUUACUCCCUCAUACCCUGUGCUGAGACGCUUCAGGCUGGGCAGGAGGCAGAGCUGUGGAGCAGAACCGACGCGACCUACGUUACCAUGCACCCCUCUGCCGCUUUCCAUGGGGCGGGCACUGCACCGCUGGAGAACAACGUGUACGUCCAGCUGCAGAGGAAGAAGAUCCCAGUGGAAUGGCUGGAUGGGGGGAGACUGGGCACUGAAGGAGCCCAAGAAAGCAAGAAAACCUGUGAAAAGUCCAACUGCCCAGAGGAGGAAUUCCCUUGUGCCCUGGAUCGGGGGGAAGCACCUCUGAGCCCAGUCUGGCAUGACAGCCAGGGACGUUGACCUCCCGCAGGGACAAACCCUACCCACUCCGUCAGUGUGCCGCAGGGCUGCACAGGGCAUGGGCCGUAUCACUCUCGCUGUCCGGGUUAUAAUCUAUUUGUGCAGCACCUGCCAGCCCCCACCAGGUCGGGCCCCAUUGUGCCCAGCGCUGUGUAGACUUGCUGCUCCUUGAGGACAUUUUCGAAAGGGUCAUUUCACGCUCUGAUGGGGCUGCUGCUGCUUUCGCGUCUGCACCAUGAGCCCAGCGCGGCCUGGCCUGCGCACAGGGCAGUGGGAGGACGCUCCUUGCUAACUGGGGCGGGCCAGGAGCGUGGCACACGAGGGCAGUGAAGGUAAAUGGACUUUGCUCUGGUUUCACCCUCAUUCUGCGGGCGGGACAGUGCCCUGUGGCAGAGCUUCCACUCUCCGGCUGGGAUAUUGGCCGAUGCCGUCAAAACCCAGUGAGAGAGAACUCCAGGGAGAGUCCCACCUCCAGACAGGGAGGAGGGGCUGGUCGGGUGUUGGGUGCCCUGCAGCUGCCUGGGCUGGCCUGCUGCAUGGGCACCGAGCGGGCUCUGGGCUGCCCGCCUGGCACCUUCCGCCAGAGCCGCCUGGGAAACAA